AUGGCUCCAGCGCCGAUCGAUUCAAGCAUCACUGAAUAUAUUGUCCCUAAAAAGGACUCAUUGGGAUUGCCUGAGCCCGCAUUGAAAAGAUUGACAAAAGCGGGAAUCGAUCUCUCGGAAGGAUACCCUUACCGCCCGGGCAAACCUCUGUACCUUCAGGAUGUCUACAACAUCCGAAACCAUGAAAGAAAGCACGUCGACCCAGGCUCGCGGGCAGACAAGUCGAAGAAGGCACUGUUCUCUGCUGCGACCAAGGUCACAGACUUGACGGUACACAUCGGCACGGAGAUAGAAGGACUCCAGCUGAAAGAUCUCACCGACCAGCAGCGAGAUGAGCUUGCAUUGCUAAUCGCUGAACGAAGCGUGGUGUUUUUCCGGGACCAGGAUCUCUCACCACAACAGCAGAAGGAACUUGGCGAAUACUAUGGCGAGGUGGAGAUUCAUCCCCAGGCCCCUCAGGUGCCAGGCGUCCCCGGCGUGACUGUAAUGUGGCCGGCCCUCCAAGCAACCGAGGUGGCAGCCAGCUUUCGCCGUCCGGGCGGCGCGUCGCGCUGGCAUACGGACCUGGUGCACGAGCGACAGCCCGCAGGCGUGACUCACCUGCACAACGACACUGUGCCACCUGUGGGAGGCGACACGCUUUGGGCCAGCGGGUACGGCGCAUAUGAGAAAUUGUCGCCAGAUUUCCGCAAGCUCAUCGACGGCAAGCAAGCCGUCUACCGGUCUGCGCAUCCCUACCUGGACCGUGACAACCCGACAGCUGGACCGCAAUAUGUUGAACGCACACAUCCGUUGGUCCGUGUCCAUCCGGCGACAGGCUGGAAGGCGCUCUGGGUCAACCGGGCCAUGACGGUGCGCAUUGUUGGCCUGGAUAAAGACGAGAGUGACCUGAUCCUGGGGUAUCUUUGCGAUGUCUAUGAGAAGAACGUCGACAUUCAGGUCCGCUUCAAGUGGACCCCCGGAUCAAGCGCUCUUUGGGAUAACAGAAUCACAAUCCACAAUGCUAGCUGGGACUAUGGUGGAAAACAUCCCCGGCAUGGGACCAGAGUCACUUCCUUGGCGGAAGUCCCCUUCUUUGAUCCAAGUGCGCCCACCAGGAGAGAGGCUCUGGGCCUGUUGGAUCCGGAUGAGAAACAGGUCGAUGGGGUCUUGGUGGAAACCUAG